AUGGGUGCAAGGUAUGUAAAGGUUUCGAUAUUCGAAUAGCCGAUGGGUAGUUAGAACUCAAGUCUGUAGUUAAUCGAACUAUCGGGUUGAAACCUAAUCUAAAUUAAAAAAUGACGUUUUCAACAACAUACUAACAUUUUAUAGUUGUAAAGACCAAAAGAAAGCUCUAGCUAUUUGCUUGCAAAGGUCGCCUUGUGUUCUUAUAGAGAGAAACACACCUAAGAAAUGUUUAUCGGAUCCAGAGUUAAAGAAGGACCUUCCAGAAUUAUGUAUCGCCAACUUUCGUGCAUUCAUGGAGUGUAGGAAUGGUAUGUUUGAUAUGAGAAAGAGAAUGAAAGGUAAUGCACCAUUAUCUACUGGUAAGUAUGACGACACUUAUGAGAACUUAUCAUCGGGAAAUUUCGAGGCUCAUGAAGAAAUGAAAAAAUUGGAAGUGUUAAACAGAAAUUUAUCUAGGCAAAGACUCUUGAGGGAAGAGCAAGAGAGGGCAAGAUUGGCCGGGACUUUGGAAAAAAACUAA